AUGAGUACUAGUUAUUUAAUUGAUAAAGAGCAAAAUGCCUUAAUUAAUAAGAAAGGUUCAGAUGAAAAUAAAAUAAAGUCAAAUAAGGAAGUAGAAGAAAAUGUGACACAUGACAAUAGUCAGCAAAAUAAAAAACUAUUCAAGAAGAAUAAAAGAAGCACAACAAUUUCGACAUAUUCUCCAGCAUAUAUAUCGGAUCCAGUAUAUCAAUGGGAGGUUUCUAGCAGUGAUAGAAUAUUUUAUGACAAGAUCAACGAUUUUAUUAUUCAUCAGAACGUUUCGACAAAAGCUCUUUUAGUAACAGACAUAAAAAAAAAUAAAUUAAACUACAAUGGUGUAUAUGUAAAGUUCGAUAAGGAUAUAUGUGAGGAUAUAUGUUUUUGUCAGAAUGGUAGUUUUUUUUUAUAUUAUAUUAUUAAUCCGAAUAGAAUAGAAAUUUCUGAUAUAUUGAAUAAUCAUAAUAUAUAUUUAAAUGUAGAUAUAAAUAAAUUGAAUGAAUAUGAAAUAUUAAGUGUUUUUUGGGUAUAUAAUGGGAAUAUAAAAAAACAAGAGGAAAAUAUGAGUUCAUGUGAUUUUGUUGUAGUUACAAAUAAUUCAAUUGAAAUAUUUAAGAUAUCAUUUGAUAAUUUAAUAAUAACACCUUUAAAAAAACAUUUUAUAAAAUGUAAAUAUUGUUGGUAUGAUGAGAAAAGUUCAUAUAUAUGUUUAUUAUCAGCAAAUAAAACUAAUGUGAUACUUCCAUAUUUCUUAAGUAAUAAUAAUAUAAUUAAAUUAUCAAAAAUUGAAUUAAAUAUUUUAAAAAAUGAUAAUAUAAAUAAAAAUGAUAUUGAAAUUAUAACAUUAUAUAAUGAAACAUAUUGUAUUCAUAAAGAUUUUAAAAAUGGACGUAUAUCAUUUCGAUGUUUAUCUUCAACUAUUUAUUUUGAUUAUGUUCUUGAUUUAUUUUAUAAUGGAGUUAUUGAAACAUUCUCAAUAGAUAAUUUAUUUGGUGUAUUUAAUCAUACAAAUGAAUAUGUUUAUUUAUUUGAUAUAAAAUAUAAUAAGAAAAAAAAUACACUUCAUUCAUUAGAUCAUAAUGAUAAUCACACUAUUAAUAUUUCUUACUUAACAACUCCAAAACAAUUUAAAACACAAAUAAAUUUUAAUCAUAUGAUAUUUCAACCAUACAAUCUAUUAAUAGAUAAUCAUUAUGGAAAUGUAUAUAAAGUCAAAGUUGAUUAUGACGUCUUAAUGUUGCAGAUAUGUCAGCACUUUUCAAACCUGAAUACCUCUGUUGAUGUUCUUUUAAGAAGACCUAAUUGUAAGAGCCGAAUUACAGAGAUGUUUUUCUUGUCCCUUGAAAAUGAUAUCCAAAUAGAAGAUUAUUUAAGCAUUGUAAAUAUAAUAAAUAUUAAUUAUAGAAAAUUAAUCGAAGAAUGUGCAAGAUUAGGAAAUGCAGCAACCAUCACCUCAACUGAUACCACUUUAAAUAAAACAAAUAAAAAAAUUAUUCAACCAUUAGAAUAUCUAUUAAAAAAUAUAGGAGACAAAACAUUAAUGACAGAAAGAGAUAUUGUGUUAGAUGUCUUCCACCCUUAUAUGAUUAAAAAGUAUCAUCUCAACAAAAAAGAAACAUUAUUUAAUUUUUCUCUAAAUUUUAGAGAAAUUGAAAAAAAUAAACGAGAUAAAAAAAAAGGGACUCAUAUAAAUAAUAAAAAUGAUGGAGAGGAAUAUAUGUUAAAGUAUAAAAUUAAAAAGAAAAAAAACAAUGAUGAACAAAAAAAUAAUAUCCAAUUGAAUGAUUUUAAUAAAAAGAAAGAAAAUACCAAAUAUCAUGAACAAAAAAAUAAUAUCGAUUUGAAUUAUUUUAAUGAAAAGAAAGAAAAUACUAAAUAUGAUGAACAAAAAAAUAAUAUCGAUUUGAAUUAUUUUAAUAAAAACAAAGAAAAUACUAAACAUGAUGAACAAAAAAAUAAUAUCGAUUUGAAUUAUUUUAAUAAAAAGAAAGAAAAUACUAAACAUGAUGAACAUGUAGAUUCCUUGAAAAAAGAACAAAUAAUAAUAAAUGGCAAAAAUGUAGUAGAAAAUAUAAAAAUGUAUGAUGAUAAAAAAGAUCAAGCUGAAUCAAACAUAUGUGAUAAAUCAAAUAUAAAUGACAACAAUAAUAAUAAUAGUAAUAAUAAUAAUAAUAAUGUGGGUGAUAUAAAUACAUAUGUUGAUACUUCUCAAAAUAAUAAUGAUAAUGAAUAUCUAAAUUUUCUUAAACAUUCAGAAUUUCAUAAUAUGCCUAUGCUUUUAAUAUACGUACUUGAAUAUAUGAAAUCCUUAUUAUCUUUAAAUAUUAUACCUAAUAGAAUAUUACAAACUUUUAUUUUUGAUUUAUGUAUUUUUUUUAAACAAGAUAAUUUUCUAAGACAACUAUUACAAUUCUAUAUUAUAUCAGAUUCUAUUGAAGUUACUAAAAGAUUAUUUCAUUAUUGGAAGCUAACAAAACAUUCAUGGGCUUAUCAAUUAUGCGUAGAUAUGUCUUUAAGAUUAAAAGAAUAUGAAAUGGUUAUUCAUUUAUUUCUUUCAUCCAAAAAUUAUUUAAAAAUUAUAAACUUUAUAAGAAAUUAUCAUUUAAUAGAUUAUCCUAUUUCUGUUAUCUUUCAAGCAAUAGAAAAUGAUUUCGAUUCUAAUGAUAAAUAUAUAAUCAUGAAUCACAUCUUAUCAUCUCUAAAGCAAUGGAUAAUAGAUUCAGACCGAGAACCCGAUAAGUAUCCCUUACCCAAUUUACAGAAUUGUGAGAAAUGGGUUACACUUGUUGAAGAUAUAUAA